AUGGAAAUCGAUUACUUAUUAAGGACAGAUGCACCAUCAACUGCCUCGGCAAAUAGGAAAAAUCAAGCUAGAAAAUCAAAGCAAAGAACAAAGAUUGAUGGAAUUAUUCAUCAUCCAACCUAUAAUAUAGAAUUGUGCUCACUUGAAGCAGCUAGAUCCUUCAUCAAACGAUAUAAUGAUGAGGAAUUGAAUAAAGCAAGCCAUUUAGAUUCUUUAAAAGCAAUUGUGCGAAUUGAAAACGAUCUAAAAGCACUUGGAUUUAUCGAACAGAAGACCCCAAAGAAAGACGAUUUUAAGGAAGAUCCUCUUAUUUCAGAAAUCUGA